AUGUCCGGCAUUCCGGAUGCGAUCGAAGUCGAGGCUUGUGAGGCCGGCAUGAUGAAACAUUCGGAGUCCAAAAGCCCAGGCGUGUCGCUGCCUGGAACCAUUGCCACCCUGUCGAAUGUGCUUGUAGGUGGUAGCAGCGUUCUGUUGCCGUAUGCAUUCCAGCUCUCGGGAUGGUGUUUUGCACCGCUGGUUCUUGCUGUCGGCUGUCUCAUGGGCUUCACAUUGUGGAUCAUGGGCUUCCUGCUUGAGUCGCUCGAUGAAAGUGCAGAGCAGAUGGGCAUCCCCCGGUCGCAGCGCGACUGGGGUUUUAUCGGCUACGCAGCUUUUGGGAAUGUUGGCCGCGUUGCUUUUGCCGGCUGCAUGUUUGUUGAUCUGAUAGGAUCUGCCCUGUUCUUGUUGAGCGUUGCCAUCGAGCAGCUUCCUUUCCUCCUACCUUUCAGACACGGGUUAAUCGCUGUACUUUGCUGUCUCGCGGCCUUCGGCUGCUGCCUUCUCCCAAAAAGGUUUUUCUCAGCAAUGGCCGUGUUGGGGAUUACGUCUCAGGUCAUUCUGGUCGUGGGCAUUCUUGUUACAGGUGCCGAGCUGUCCUUCACGACUGGAGCUGCAUCAGACCAAUUACUGUUCAAAGCAGCAGGCAUUCCACCCGCUGUUGGCAUUGCUCUUCUCUGCUUCCUCGCUCACAGCGAGGCACCUCUUAUUUACCAGAUGAUGGCAGACCGGACAAAGUGGACCAAGGCAGUGAUCUACAGCAUGAGCGUUGCCGAGGCUUUCCUCUUACUAUUCGGUGGAUUGGGAUACAUGUUCUUCGGCGGCAGUGUUGGGCAGUCCAUUGCCAUGAACAUUGGUCGCGACUUGGACCUUCAUCUGCUUCCGGGAAGACUGGUGAUCUGUUCGGAGAGAUGCUUCAGUGGAAAGGUCGGACAAUCAUGA